CUUUACUUUGGUCACAUGUGCCCUGACCUCAUCCUUUAUAAACAAGUCCUUGGAACUACCCAACUCCACAGAUGCUUGCAGGUCCAGAUGAAGACAAUGAUGAAGAAGACGAUGCUUCCUCUCCAGCUGAUUGUGAUCGUUUGUCUGUCUUAUGGACAGGCAGAUGAUUCCACCAAUAAGCACUCCAUCUCUGAUUCCAGCUUUGGCCCUUUCUUUACCCUUUUCUCUGGCCUGUCUGCCGAGGUGGGGAACCUGAGGAGGGAGGUUGAGGACUUGAGAAAGUCACGCAACUCUGUGGGUGUGGCCUUCUCAGCUGCCCUGAGACCUCCUACCCAGGACAAUCAGGGCUACGGCAACACCGGGCCCUUCCAGGCAGACACCAACCUGGUCCACACUCACGUCAUCACCAACGUUGGUAACGCCUUCAGCCCCAGGACAGGAGCAUUCACAGCACCAGUAAAUGGAGUCUACUACUUCACUUUCACUUCCUAUGCCUGGAAAAAGGAGGACAACAUCGGGGUGGCCCUUUACAAGAACAAUGAGGAGGUAGCUCUGGUCUAUGAGUAUCAGGACAAGGGGGACAACGAAGACUUUGCGUCCAACGGGGCCACCCUGCAGCUGGCCAAAGGAGACACGGUUUCCCUGGUCCUACCGUCUGGUUUCCAGGUGACCAGUAACGCUUUCAGAAACCUCAGCACCUUCAGUGGCUUCCUGCUCUUCCAUGUUGAAGGAGGACAGUGAGAGACUGAGGGGUUCAGGGUUUAAGUUGGGAGGGUUCUUCACUUAACUUCCACACAUUAUAUUCUCUUUUGCUGUCAUUUACAUGUGUGUGAGGCAAUAAAAGCAAUAUUAAAGCAGCAA